AUGGAGCCUGGAGGCACGGCGGGGCCACGCCGGGUUGGCACCGGCGGCACUCGGAGAGAGAGGACUGCGACCAACACGCCGCGGCUUCGAAAAUCGAACCGCCGUUUUCGGAGCAAGGGAGAGGUGGAAAGAAGGAGAGACAACGAUGGGAGGCUAGCGGACGGGGAGGGGAAGAGGGAUUCUGCUCGCCCAAACGCCGAAGGCGGGGCUGGUGGUGGAUCGCGUGGGUGGCGGGCAAUCAUGCGAACCUGGUGUCCCAUCGUUGACGGAUAG